CCAGGGAAUCACCAGCUUCUCGACCCAAUAGUGCAUCAUUUAACUACUGAUUAGCGACUGCCAAUUAUGGAUGACUCGGAUGAUCUUCUCGCGGGUGAGCCGCCUGUCAUUGACCCAUACGAGGUUCUUGGCCUAGAACGUACGGCGGAUGAGAGCCAAAUCAAAUCGGCUUAUCGAAAGCUUGCUCUAAAGAACCACCCAGAUAAGGUUUCCGAAGACAAAAAACAGGACGCCCAUGAGACUUUCCAAUCCAUAGCCUUCGCAUACGCCGUACUAUCAGACCCGAUAAGACGUAAACGAUACGAUGAGACGGGCUCGACCUCUGAGUCCAUUGUCGACUCUGAUGGCUUUAGCUGGUCGGAUUUCUACCGAGAGCAGUUCCGCGAUACAAUCACUGCUGAUGCGAUCGAGAAAUUCGCCAAGCAAUACAAGGGUUCUGACGAAGAAAAAGAUGACGUCCUGGUCGCGUAUGAAGAACACAAGGGUAAUAUGGAUGGAAUCUACGAAUCGGUCAUGCUCAGCAAUGUACUGGAAGAUGACGAACGAUUCCGCGCUAUAAUCGACGAGGCGAUUGCCGAAGAAGAUGUUCCCGCAUUUAAGGCUUACACGAAGGAGAGCAAGAAAUCCAAGGAGGCGCGAGUCAAGGCUGCGCGACAAGAGAGCACUGAGGCAGAGGAAUAUGCGAAGGAACUAGGUGUGCAUGACAAGUUGUUUGGCGGCAAGAAUAAGAAGGAUAGCAAGGGGAAAAGCAAGAAGGGAUCAUCCGAAGAUGAUCUAGCUGCACUCAUCCGCCAGAAUCAGCAGGGUCGCAGUAGCUUCCUUGACAACCUAGCUGCUAAGUAUGGUGCUGCGCCGAGUGGUAAAAAAGGAAAGAAGCGUACGGUCACAGAGGAAGAACCGUCGGAAGAAGCCUUUCAGGCUGCUGCUGCAAGACUGAAGAAGGGAAGGAAGAAAUGAAGUCAGGUCUGAUUUGGGUUCGGUUUGUUUUCUCACGGCGCAUGGUAAUGAGGCAAGCAUCGGAAAUUAGGGACAGGUACCAAUUACUUUUAAACAUUUUGCUAUUGUCAGUUGCUUACUUCCAAUGACUACAAUAAAAUAAAAUAAAUCAUUCAAUAUACCAAUAAAGCAAAAGGUGUAG